GCAUUGGGUAUGGCUUUGGGUUAGAGUCGGUGACGAUACACCACGCUUUGGCGCCGUCUUCGAAAGUCUUUUUAUUUCCUUUCCUUCAUCUUCUCUCCUCUUCCUUUUCGAUGUAAACAAGAUCAACGCAUAUCUGUUUUUCUCUCUCUUUUAUUUUUCCUUUCUCUCCUCUCUUGAUCUCUCUCUCUCUCUCUCUCGGAAGAAGAUCACGCAGUCGCUGUUAGAAGUGUACGCACCAGCUGACGUGUAACUUAUUGUCGUUGUUAUUGUUGUUGUUCUGGCACUCUUUGUAGACAAAAAAACAGAGAAAAGGGGAAGGCUAUCGGACUGUCCAAUCCACAAUAUCUGCUGCUAUUGUGUUGCGUGGGUUUGUCCGCGCUUUGCCUCGGGUGCCUCUGUGUAUUUGCGUGUGCUUUUGCGUUUACGUGUUUCCUUCCUUGUGUUGACGGUUGUCGCGGUAUCGGUACGGCGUACCUCUUUUCCCCAUCCUUGUCUUACACGCGUUGCCUGUGCCGCCAGAUUCUUGUUGUUGUUGUUAUUAAAAUUCAAAAAAAAACAAGCGGUGGUGUUCGCGAGCGUGUGAACACAGCCUUUUUCUGUGUAUUUUUCCUUUAUCUUCUGCGCGCGUUGCCAUGUCCCUCAUCGAGGAGGCCCGCAGCCAGCUGGAGGUGGAACUGACGUCGUACAUCCGCAACGCACAGCAGCCCUACAGCCCCAUCCUACCGCCCAUCGAUGACGGCCUGCCCUCUUUCCAUGCGACCCUCGCCAAGAAGCCUGCGGCAGGGCUCGCCGCCACUACCGCCGUUGUCGCCGCACCUGCGGAUACAGGCAAAGCGGUCAAAGGAAGCAGCAAGGGAGGCGGUGCCACCACGGCCGUGGCGGCGACGUCGACCAGCCCCAGCCCCAGCCGGGCAGGCAGCCAAAAGCAGGCACGGGCGAAGCUACUGGAGUUGGUGCGGAAGCUGCAGCGUGCGGCUCUUGUGUCGGCGCAGGUGUCGAAGGACGAGGCAGGCGCGGCGGACGGCAGCGGCGGUGAGUCUUCUCUUCUGACCCGCCGUGGGUCUCGCAAAGAAGGGGGUGGGCUGUCGCGUGAGCCGAGCCUGUUUUCAGCACCCUUGACAACCAAGUCCGCCGUCACGAACCUCCCCGCACUUCCCGCCGCAGCGACGCGGAAUGUGCGCACGACGUCUGCGGAGAAGAUCAGAAAAGGCGCACCUGGUACUUCAGCAGCAGCAGCAGCAGCAGGAGGAACGACAUCAGCAUCGAACACGGACGUCGCCGCCGCUCCAGCAAAGCGCGCCGACGGACGCGGUGCCAGUCCCCACCCGCCAGCGCAGUCGUUCAUCUCUCUUUCCCUCGCCAACACGCAGACGUCGCAGUCCUUCCACCGCCGGCUGGGCGAUAUCGAGCGGUCGCACUCUACUGCAACGUCCUUCUCCGGCCGUGAGCGGAGUAGCUCUCCGCAUUCCUCCAUGCGGACGAACAACAAUAACAGCAGCGCAGCGAACAGCGCCAACGCCCUGCGCCGCCUGGAAGCGUCCUUGACGUUUACCAAAGACUGCCUGCAUUACGCUGCGAUGUUUGCGGAGGCGGGUCUUACGCAGGAGGCGCAGUCGUGCUUCUUGCAGCUCAUCGCGCAGGACAUCACGAGCCAUUAUGAGCCGAUUGUCACGCGCUGCAUCGAGCGCCAUCCGCGCACGGUGGCACGGCAGACGCCGCAGCAGUCAUCCCAGCAGCAGCAGCAGCGCAACGAGGCCGGGGCUGGAACUCCCGGCCAUCCCCUGCGUCGUCAUCGCGUGAGCAAAGGCAAGUCCUUCAAAGAUGGUCAAAAGCAGAAUCUCUUCUCCCCGAACGGCGCCGAGCUCGCCAGUCCGUCCUUGACGGCCCCCACAACACCUACAGCAAAUGAGGCGCAGCGCACCGGAAAUGCGGCGGAGGACGGGGUGGGAGGGGUUCGCGUGACGGACAACCUCGACACCUUCGCGAGCGACGUGCCGCUGCCGCUGGCUCUGCAGGUCUACAAGUGCGUCCUGCACUAUCGCGCCCUUCUCACCUACAUCCGCUUUCACGACCUGCUGCAGGCAGACGUGUACGGCGAUGCCGCCGGCAUGGCGUCGAGCACGGCGGCGUGCGCGUGCAUAGAGGAGAUGGUGGCCCAACAGCAGCGGGUGCUGUACACGGCGCCCUUCAGUGCCGCCUCCGUCAUUCACCAGGAAGAGGCGCGCAUGCGGGAGGACAUGGAGCGCACCGCCGCCGUCAUGAAGCCCGUUAGCGCCAUCAUCGUCACGGGUGGGUACAAGCUGUUGGAUUUGCUGGCGGAGCCAGAAUCCGCAAAGCCGAGCGUCACCUCCCUCUCCGUCACUUCUCUCCUGGACGACGCACCGGCGCUGGUGUACGCGGUGGACGAAGUGGCUGCGCCGGUCCUCUUCACAACUCGCCUGUAUGUGGCGAAGAUGGCCGAGCAGCUUCUGGCCUACCUUCGCAGCACCGCCAGUGGAGAGAUGGCCCAGCCGGGGUGCGGGGAGCUCCGCCCGGCCGUGACGCAGCGCUGUCUCGAGGCGUUGCAGGCUUCUGUGUCCAUGUCUGAACUGCACCUGAACAAAGCCACACCCCAGCUCCAGCAGCAGCCCCAGCAGUCAACGCAACCACGGCAGCCCUGCACCAAGACCUGCCUUCCGUUGGCGUCGGUGGACUAUCUACCCUGGCGGCUGCAGGAGUACACCCUUCUCCAGCGUGGCUAUCUGCAGCUUGAGGACGACACGGCGGCCGCCGUCACCGCAGCCGAGCACGCCCUUCAGCAGGUCCUGCAGUUGGUGGAACUGGAGUACCUCGACCCGGUGCCGCCGCCCCCCUCCACCACGCUCGCGCUGGACGCUGCGGUUCAGCAGUGCGCCGGAUGGCUGCUCGUGGCGACCUGGCGAGCCGCCGUGGCACAGGGAGGGAGCGGCAUCAGCAGCAGCAGCAACACCAGCAACGCCUAUCUCGCCUUCGCUUCGGCGUCCCCGGAGGCGUCUGCGGUCCAGCCGCCAGGAGAGGCAGCCGUCACAGGCACCCAAACCCCGUUGGCUGCCGCUACUACAACUACCACUGCUUCUGCCGGUGGUAGUUUUGCCGACUCCGGCGCAGGUGGAGACUCACCCGCGUCAACGGCCUUGCAUAUGGCUACCACGGCGCGUACCGCGAUGGCCGCCAUCGCAGCCGCGGUGCAGCAAGCCGUCGCCUUCCUCGUGACGGCGUCGUGGGCGCCUGCGUCUACUGGUGGCGCUGCGAGCAACCCUAUGCACGACAUGUCGCCGCGACGUGCAUCGCGGCGAGGCGGCGGGGGGGCGGGCAACAUGAUCCCCUCCAUCACCACCGCCGUCGCUAUCACUGCUGCCGCGGCGGCUGGUGGCGGUGACGUCGAUGAAUGGCACGCGUCUCCUUGUGGUGCUGUGGGCCUGUAUGGCGCUGGUGCAGCAACAGUGUGCGCUGCUGGCGGGCCGCUCCGCUGUCGCCGCUGCCUUGGCCGCCGCGGCAAAGGAAACGGACUACACGGAUGCGACGGCGGACGACGGCGCGGAGGUGGUGGUGGUCGGAGGAGGCGACGAGGCGGAAGGGGGGAACGCACCGGGUAG